AGUUGGUCUCGUGAUGCGUCACACCCAUAACACGGAAGUCGAUACUUGUUUUGCACCGGUGUUCGCUUUUAUUAUUUCUUUUUGUAUUUAUUUUUUGAAAUGCGACUUUUACUCACAAUAAUUUAUUUGAUUUCAUGCUCUGUUGUAUUGGCAAAUGCAACUGAAUCAAUUCAGACGUUUGUAAUCCCGCACAGUCACAUGGACGUCGGCUGGGUGUAUACUGUGCAGGAGAGUAUGCACGCCUAUGCAGCCAACGUGUACAGUAGCGUGGCCGAGGUGCUUUCCAAGGAGAAGAAUCGCAGGUUUAUCGCCGUCGAGCAGGAAUUCUUUCGACUGUGGUGGGAUAAUGUGGCAUCGGGCUCACAAAAGAAACAAGUUCGGCAACUUGUGAGAGAAGGGCGACUCGAGUUCGUCCUGGGCGGCCAAGUGAUGCCCGACGAAGCCGUUACCGAUCUCGAUGACUUGCUUGUGCAAAUGACAGAGGGCCACGGCUUCCUCUUCGAGACAUUCGGCGUGCGUCCUCGCUUCUCGUGGGGCGUCGAUCCGUUUGGGGCCUCCGCCGCCACGCCCGCACUCUUCGCCCUGGCCGGGUUCGACGCUCAUCUCAUCUCCCGUAUUGAUUACGACCUGAAAGAUGCCAUGCAGAAGACAAAGAACUUGCAAUUUGUUUGGAGAGGUUCUGCCUCUUUGCAAGAGCAGCAGCAAAUCUUCACUCACACUAUGGACCAGUUCAGCUACUGCACCCCGUCUUACCUGCCAUUCUCCAACAGGUCGGGCUUCUACUGGAACGGCGUGGCCUUGUUCCCCGACCCCCCGAAAGACGGCGUGUACCCCAAUAUGAGUUUGCCCGUCACCGAGGAGACGGUGCACGCUUACGCCAGCACCAUGGUGGAGAACAUCAAGCAGAGGGCCGACUGGUUUCGGACCAAGCACGUUCUGUGGCCAUGGGGCUGCGACAAACAGUUCUACAAUUCAUCCGUGCAGUUUGCCAACAUGGACCCGUUAAUGGACUACAUCAACCAGAACAGUAAAGACUUGGGGGUCACGGUCCGCUAUGCCACACUCGCCGAAUACUUCCGAGCCGUGCACGACGCGGAUCUCGUCUGGGAGGUGCGCCAGAGCGAAGACUUUCUGCCUUAUUCUACCGAGUCCCACCAGGCGUGGACAGGAUUUUACGCCUCUCGGAACAUCCUAAAAGGAGUGGCGCGACGAGCCAGUGCCCAACUUCAUGCGGCCGAGACUCUCUUCACGCUGUACCGGAUCAACUAUCCGGACGGACCCGUCGCAAAAGACUGGGCGCUUGCUAAGCUAAAAGCUCUACGUUGGGCCGUCUCGGAGGUCCAGCACCACGAUGGCAUCACUGGCACCGAGUCCCCAAAAGUAGCAGACAUGUACCUGCAGCAUCUCACACAGGCCAUGAUGGGAGGCGAGGAGCUUCUGGCGGCCAUCUUCUUGCUGCCGCACAACAUCGACAUCCUCAAGGCCCCCCGCAACCACAAAAAAGCGGGCGCUCGGCAGGAUUUGGAGCAACACGUCAUCGUUUACAACCCGCUGGCGUGGAACAUCUCGACGGUCGUCAAUGUCACGGUGACGUUUCCGUUUGCACGUGUCUUUGAUGAGUCGAGACGACCCGUCCCCGCGCAGAUCCAAAGGUCCGCCUUGUCCAACGUCACCUAUGACCUGUUCAUCCUGGCCGACCUGGAAGGUCUUCAGCAGACAAAGUACUUGAUCAGGUUCUCAGAGAAGCCGUGCCCGCUGAAGUCCAAGUGCGGUAGCACAUUCGAAGCCAAAGGGGUCCAUUUCGAAACACGCAGCAUCCGGGACUGGAAGAAAGUGGGUAGCAGGCUCCUGCCGGUUCUGAGCGAGUGUUAUAAGCUCAUGUACGACCAGGACACCAAUUUACUACACAGCAUCACGCAUCUGCAAGACAAAAGACGGGUCCGGGUGACUCAGGAUUUUUGGGAGUACCGUGCCAACGGUGACGUGAAAGCAGGGCCCAUAUCAGACAACUACAUCUUCAGCGCCAACGGUUCAGCGGUGCGGGCGUACGAGGCUGUGCGAAUGGAGAUAGUCCCCGGUGACAUCAUCACUGAAAUCAGGCAGUACUUCUACAGGAACGAAAGCGACGAGGACUACGCCUUCUCCAUCGUCACCCGCGUCCCAGAAUGCUUUGGGAGCAAAGUGCGAUGUCACGGCCUGGAGCAGACGUACUCGCUGGGGCCGCUGCCCGUCAACGCCGAGGUCGUCCUCAGGACCAGCACGUCUUUGAAGAGUGACAGGACGCUGUACACGGACAACAACGGCUACCAGAUGAUGAAGAGGACGCAUAGGGAGUUUGCCAACAACACUUUAGCUCGAAAUUAUUUCCCCAUGGUUCGCACGGCCUACAUCGAGGACGAGCUCAGCCGACUGGUGCUGGUCGGCGACCGGGCCCACGGCGUGGCCAGCCAAGCCAGCGGACAAUUCGAGGUCAUGCUCCACCGACGGCUGUGGAACAACCUCCCCUGGAACCUUGGCUACAACCUGACCCUCAACGAUAGCUCGGUGGUCCGGCCCACGCUCCGCGUGAUGUUGGCUUCCAAAAGCGUCAUUGCCAAAAUUUACCAGAGGGAGGCGAUAGAGCUGCAGCACAGACCUGUCGUCAUGCCCAUCGACCUGCCACGUCUGCGCUGGAAGGAGAAUGAGCAUAAAAGAAGUCCUCUCGCCCGUGCCGUGGUGCUGCCGCCCAACCUGCACCUGCUCAGCCUCAGCAUCCCCGGCUGGAAUUAUAGCGUCCGCUCAGGUGAAGAUGUGCAACCCGAGCCUGACUAUGACCGGGUCCUGUUGAGAAUCAUGCAUCUGUUUGAGGAAGGAGAAGACCCCGAGCUUUCAAAGCCGCUCACUAUCAACUUGAAGAAUGUGCUCCGGGGCAUCGGGGACCUGUCGGCCAUGGAGGAGCGCUCCCUGACGGGAACUUGGGAUAUAGGUAGCCUGCAGAGGUGGAGGUGGAAAACAGCAGAUAACAAAGCUGAAAAGAAGAGAAGCUCCAGGCGCUUUGGAGACGAUCCUUUCUCAGUGACCAUUUCAGCCAAAGAAAUCCGAACCUUCUUUGUUUCCUUCAACUCCAGGAAUCUUUAGGUUGCCUUCUGUGGAGAUGUACACUCUUUGUUUUGUUUGUUUUUAGAAUAUUAAAUGAUGUGAUUUAUUCUUGAGGACAUAACCAUGAUGAUUCUUUGAUGACGGAGACUCAUUCAAUAAAGUGAUUAUUUUGGUUGCUUUGUUA